CGCUGCUUAACAAAACCCCUGUCUCCUUCGCCAUUAUCUUCUCCCUCUAUGUCGUCUGCAGCUCAACAUCUAUUGAAGACUUUCCCUUUCAAAAUGUUUCGUGCAACCCAAUGCCUGUUGAAGCCCUUGCCAGUGGCAAAUGGGUAUCUAAUCUCUCUCCCGGCCAACUUCACCACCAAAACCCCACUUCCAUAUCUUUCAACACCCUUCAAACUCCAUCUCUCAUGGUCUCUCUCCUCACUCUCUCCACCACCUUUGUUCCUCAAAAACAAGACCCUUUCUUCAUCUGGAGUUACCUCUGAUGGUCAGACCUCAGACUCUGCUCGACCAGGUGAGGACAACACAGUGGUCAUCAAAGAAGAAGAGCUCACUUGGCAGAAUCAAGAGAUUUCCGGAUCCUAUCCCCACGUUUCCGAUUGGAAAUCCAAUGGCAAUAGUGAUGGUGGUGGUGCCAAGAUGACGAUCACUGCCAAGCCUAGCAUCACUGACAGCGGCCUAAUGGUGGGUAGCAGAGUUGUUUGCAACAGAGUUGCAGAAAAUCUCGUCGUUUCACCAGAGAGCUCCGGGUCAGCUUUCCUUGGUGCCACUUCACCAGCGCCAAGCUCACGUCAUGUGUUCAAUGUUGGUGUUCUUGAGGGAUACAGGUUCAUUUGCCUCUUUAGGGCUAAAUUUUGGUGGAUGAUACCGCGAGUAGGAAAAUCAGCAAGUGAAAUUCCAAUGGAAACUCAAAUGCUUCUCUUGGAAGUAAGAGAAGAGUCUGCUCUUGAUGAUGAGAAUUCUUCUGACAUGACUUCUGAAAGCACAUUCUAUGUUCUGUUUUUACCCGUGUUGGAUGGACCCUUUCGGACAAGUUUACAAGGGACUUCUGAAAAUGUGCUCCAGUUCUGUGUAGAAAGUGGAGAUCCCAGUGUCCAAGCCUCCCAAGUGUUGGAAGCAGUUCUAAUAAAUUCAGGGGACAACCCAUUUGAGCUCCUUAAGAACUCUAUCAAGAUACUGGAGAAACGCAAAGGUACUUUUGCUCACAUUGAACACAAAAAGGCUCCUCCACAUUUGGACUGGUUUGGAUGGUGCACAUGGGAUGCUUUUUAUACUGAAGUCAAUCCACAAGGCAUAAGAGAGGGUCUUCAAAGCUUUUUAGAAGGAGGCUGUCCACCAAAAUUCUUGAUCAUUGAUGAUGGAUGGCAAGAGACGAUAAAUGAGUUCCACAAAGGAAGUAAACCGCAUAUAGAUGGGACACAGUUUGCAACCAGAUUGGUGGAUAUAAGAGAAAAUAGUAAGUUCAAGAGCUCUGGCUCAGAGAGUUCAUGCAUUGACCUACACGAUUUUAUUCAGACCAUCAAAGAGAGAUACAGACUCAAAUUUGUUUAUAUGUGGCAUGCUAUAAUUGGCUAUUGGGGAGGGGUCCUUCCAUCUUCCAAAAUGAUGGAAAAAUACAAUCCCAAGCUUGCAUACCCAAUUCAAUCACCUGGCAACAUAGGAAAUCUUAGAGAUAUUGCUGUGGACAGCUUGGAGAAAUAUGGUGUUGGGAUAAUUGACCCGGAAAAAAUCUUUCAUUUUUAUAAUGAUCUGCAUGGCUAUCUUGCUAGUAGCGGAGUAGAUGGAGUGAAGGUGGAUGUUCAGAAUAUAUUAGAAACCAUAGGUAAGGGGUAUGGUGGAAGGGUCUUGCUGACUAGACAAUAUCAAUUUGCACUGGAUGAAUCUAUUGCGAGAAAUUUCAAAGAUAACAGCCUGAUUUGCUGCAUGAGUCACAACUCAGAUUCCAUUUACAGUUCAAGGAAGAGUGCAGUUGCAAGAGCAUCAGAGGAUUUCAUGCCAAAGGAACCAACAUUUCAGACUGUACAUAUUGCCUCUGUAGCUUUUAACAGUCUUCUGCUUGGGGAGAUUGUGGUACCGGAUUGGGACACGUUCCAUAGCAACCAUAGCACAGCUGAGUUUCAUGGGGCAGCAAGAGCGUUGGGUGGCUGUGCAGUAUAUGUAAGUGACAGGCCAGGCACACAUGAUUUCAGGAUCCUCAAAAGGUUAGUAUUGCCUGAUGGAUCUGUACUGAGAGCUAAACAUCCUGGCAGACCUACGCGGGACUGCUUAUUCAAGGACCCAGUCAUGGAUGGGGAAAGUCUGCUGAAGAUUUGGAAUUUGAACAAGUUGUCAGGGGUUGUUGGUGUUUUCAAUUGCCAAGGAGCAGGAAAUUGGCCGAUGAAAGAUGCUGAAGCAGUGCCCGUCUUGGCAUCUACACCUACCUUCCUUUCAGGACAUGUCAGUCCCCUAGAUGUUGAAUAUCUUGACCAAGUUGCAGGCGACAACUGGCGUGGAGACUCUGCUGUAUAUGCAUUCUAUUCAGGAUCUCUUUCUAGAUUGUCAGAGAAAGCAAACCUUGAAGUGUCCUUGGCAGUUCUAAAAUGUGAAAUUUUCACCAUAUCUCCAGUUAGGGUAUUGGGUCAGAAUCUUCAAUUUGCUCCCAUUGGAUUGCUUGACAUGUACAACUCCGGCGGAGCGGUUGAAGCUUUGGAGCAUACUAAUCAUCCUGCAGGGUGCAGGGUAAAGAUCAGUGUGCGGGGCUGUGGCCGAUUUGGAGCAUACUCAAGCAAAAAACCACUAUCUUGUAUUGUGGACAUGCAGGAGGAGGAAUUCCAAUACAAUGCUGAGGGUGGAUUGUUGACACUUAAACUCCAAGGAGAAUGCAGCUUAAGAGAGAUAAAAAUCGUGUAUUGAGUUUUCUGAGCAAUCAAAGCCACAAGACUAAAACAGCAUUCCAUACACAUUUUGUAUGAGCUUAAUUUGAUUCCGUCAAUGUGUUAUGAGCUCCAUCCUUGGAGAAUUAUCAGUACAAAAAUGUAAUUCAGUAUGGCUCCCAAGCUCUUGAAGGAGCAAACUAGGGUAAGAUGAGUUUUUAGCUUGCCAUGUGGUUUCUUGCCGACAUGGCUUCCGAAUGUGAUUUAUAUUGAUAUGAAGCUGAUGUUAUAUAGAUGGGCAGAUGAUUGUUAAUGAUUUCUGAAUCA